GAUAAUAUAACUUAAUAUAAAGGGAACAGGAAAUUUAUUAGAACAGUUAGUAAAAUAUUCAUAGUGAUUUAGUGACAAAUACAAAUAUGGCCGCUUAUUACUGGGUCGAUACUCAAGCUCGAAGAGGAGUGGUACCUUCCACUGCCAUUCAGGGUGGACACGAUAUUGAUGGUGCCCCAAUUUUCGUGGGCAGAGCUUUCCAUGGCGGAGAUUGGAUUCCAGCUAAGGUGAUUCCUUCAAAGCAUAUUGCCUAUGUUCCAUUUGAUGGAAAGGAGAUUGGUGUUCAACAGUUCCAAGUUUUAUGCGAGCAACGUUUCGAUUGGCAACCGGCACAUGGAGGGCAAAUUCCCAGUUACGCUGUAGUAGGAGGAAAAACCUCUGAUGGCGAAAACUUAUACAUUGGCAGAGUUCAUCAUCGCGGAUCUCACACUGUUGGCAAAAUUCAUCCAAGUCACAAAACUUGCUACAUUCCCUUCGAUGGCAAAGAGGUAGGACACAAAGACUACGAAGUUCUGGUGUUGAGACCUUAGGUCUACUGUGUUCUUUACUUGUACUUUGACUUUUUUUACUGAAAAUAAACAGUUAUACUUGA